CCGCGAGUCCUAGACGGGGGCUCCAAUGGUUGUCCCCGCCUAGGUUGCUAUUCAAUAUUGUCCACUGACGUAAGGCUCAAUUGAGUGGCGUGUAGUUUUGCCUUCCCCAUUCACCGUCGCCAAAGGGAGAAGGGCAUCCGCAAGCUCAGCGAAUCGAAUAAUCGCCUCAGCCCGCGUCAACCUCUUAAGGCCGGGCGGGCUCGUAGGCAUGCGUUUCAUUAAGCAACCUUUUGUUCUUUAGCCAUCAUGCCACCCCAAGCGCCCGAGAGCUAUGUCGAUGUUCUUAUUAUCGGAGCUGGUCCCGCUGGAUUCAUGUGUGGAAAUGCCCUCGCCGCUGCAGGGGAUAUAAAGGUUAGAAUCAUUGACCUAAGGCCUUCCAAAGUGAUUGCUGGACAAGCAGAUGGCAUACAACCUAGGACGAUUGAAGUCCUGCAAAGCUAUGGCCUCGCAGAACGUCUACUGCGGGAGGGGAAUCAGAUGCACAUGUGUGCAUUCUACAAUCCGAAUGUCGCCGGGGAGAUUCAGCUCACCAGUCGUGCUCCUGACGUAACCGCGCCAACUGCUCGUUUCCCUUUUGAGGUUACACUGCACCAAGGCGCCAUCGAACAAAUAUUCAUGGACUCAAUGGCCGCACAUAAUUUAAGAGUAGACCGACCCGUUAAGCCAGUGGCCAUCGAAGUUUCACGGGACCCUGAGCAGCUUCGUAGUCUGUCCUCAUACCCGGUCAAGGUAACGCUCGCACGCUUGGAUGCAGCUGUGGAUGCAGACAAGUUAGAGGUAGUCCACGCCAAAUACGUCGUUGGUGCAGAUGGUGCGCAUUCGUGGGUCCGAAAGGCUCUCGGAAUCACUAUGGAAGGAGAGCAAACAGAUUAUGUCUGGGGGGUCGUUGACAUGAUCCCGGAUAGCAACUUCCCGGACAUACGAAACAAAACGGCUAUACACUCUACAAAUGGUUCAAGCAUGAUUAUUCCACGCGAAGGUGACAAGGUGCGACUCUACGUUCAGCUGUCAGAGAGUGACGUCGUGGAUCCGGCAACCGGGAGGGUUGACAAGAAUAGAAUGAGUUCGGAGCAAAUUCUUGAGGUUGCAAGAAAAACAUUCCAGCCCUUUCAUAUACGUCCAUUGUCAGACGUAGAAUGGUGGACAAUAUACAUUAUCGGACAGCGGGUGGCAUCUAGGUAUUCCGUCGAAGACCGUGUAUUCAUCGCAGGUGAUGCGUGUCAUACGCAUUCACCCAAAGCAGGGCAGGGAAUGAAUGCGAGUAUGAAUGACACGCACAACCUCGCGUGGAAAAUGGUUCAAGUUCUUAGGGGUUGGGCAAGUCCGUCGAUCUUGAAGACGUACGAGGCGGAAAGAAGAAAGUAUGCGCAAGACUUGAUCGACUUCGACAAACAAUUCGCAGCAUUGUUCUCGGGUAAACCGAGAACCUCAAAUAACCAAGACGGUGUAACCCACGAAGACUUCUUGAAAGCAUUUCAGACUUUCGGUGGUUUCACGAGUGGUAUCGGCGUGCACUACUCUCCAUCUAUGAUUGUCAACACCAAACAUCAGAAAAGUGCCGAGAAUCUCGUCAUUGGGGAGCGCAUGCUCCCUCAGGUUUUCAUCCGAGCAGCCGAUGCCAAACCGGUGGAAAUUCAGGACGUGUUACCUGCUGAUAUUCGUUUUAAGAUUCUUGUUUUUCUCGGGUCCAUGGAGGAAUCCCGACUUUCAGAAAUUCACACGUUUGCCAACGAACUGAGUUCGCCCACAAGCUUCUUACAAAGAUAUCCCAUGGGCCGCCAGGUCUCCCUUAUGUUUGAUAUUAUAACUAUCGUGGUAGGCGAUAAGCAGAACUUUAACUACCUGAGCGUGCCUGCGAUUCUUCGACCUCAUUGGUCCAAAGUCCUGCUCGACGACACUGAUGUUACGGAUAGCAAGGGGGGUGGUGCCUACAAAAGAUUUGGCAUCAGCGCCGAAGAAGUGACCAUUGUGAUCGUGCGGCCGGAUGGAUAUGUCGGAAUGAUUGCGCCAGCCGUUGCCCUGGAGGAUGUGCACGCAUACUUUGCGUCGUUCCUGGCUACUCACACAGUUUAAAGACUGAGAAUCGAUGUAACAUAUCAACAUUUAUGCAUUCCGAGAUUUCCAUAUCGUUCAGGGGGAGACAGGGG